AUGUGGCAGGCAUGUGGGGCUCUCCUUGGCCACCUCUGGCAACUGAUUUGGGGCCACAUCUGGUUGGCAACCCUGGGACAUGCCUGGCAUGUAUAUAGCUCAUUUAUAAUCAUAAUUGUGCUUUUCCCAGCCAGAGGUUUUGUGAACCUGGCCAGGCAUCUGUACCAGCCUAAAAAGACCAGUGGCUUGUUUCAGGGUCAGAGGGGGCUUGAGGAAAUUAGUCCCUCCCUUGAGUACCAACAGAAGCCAGAGAUGGCUAGCCCCUUCCUCCAGUAUGUACAUGAGCCUGAGGAGAUUAGCCCUGUGCUCCGAUACCUACAACAUCCCGAAGAGUUUACUGCCUUGUACCAACCACCACCACAGUCUGAGGCAGAGGUUGAUGCUGCAUGCCAGCAGUCAGAGGAAAUCAGUCCUGUGCUCCAGUAUCUACAACAGCUGGAGGAAAUUGGCAGCAACCUCCUCCAACGGGACAGCUGCCUCAUAUCUUCCUGCCCAAGAAUUGUCAACAAAGUGGAGACUGUGACUCAGGUGCCCAUGGACACGGCCUUCCCAAUGCCUGCCAGCACAUAUCAUGUAACCAGAAUGGCCUAUUGUCCAACAGAAAAGCCUGCAUAUAGAAACAAGGAGCAGGUCACAUAUAACAUGGCUGGGGUGCCAUCCAACAAAACACCUCCCUCAAGGAGCUCCAGUAAAAAUUCUUGGGACAUCUCCAAGAGUUCAGAAGAGGGUAAAAUAAGAUAUGAAUCCCAAGUUAUCCGUCAAGCAUCUCCUUCCACCCAGCACUUCCCAGCAAAAUACCACAAUAGACAGAACCACAGUUCCAAAACUCCCUCUGUCCAGUAUAUUCACCACGGAUCAUCUAAAACAUCUGUUGGGAGAAGGGACAGCUUAGACGGCACAACUUCUAUGGGAAAUCACCAGAAGGGAAGGCCUGCAAGUUCCCAAGAAUUUGCCAAGCCUAUCCAAGAAGAAGCAGAAGCCAACGUGUUUAAUUCAGAUGAAUCAGCAGGCAGACUGUAUCAAUCUGUAGGCACUGAGUUGCUCAGCUCCCCGCGAAAAAGUAUAAAGAGCAGCUGUGAAGACAUCAAAGAAGCCAAGACUGCUUUGAGUGCCAAAGGCUCCUUGGCAUCAAAUACACAAGAUGUUAAAGCGGAAGGGAAGCCCCUUCAGGAAAAGAAAAGUCUAGUGCCUACCAACAUCAAAGCCAAAUAUGGCACCACAGUAGUGGAGAAGCUGAUAUCAGAGGAGCAGGCACGACGUGCUCUUUGUGAAGCUGGACUGAUCCAAGGACAGAAAAGACUCAGUGACUGGCCAUUCAAACCCCUUGAGAAUCCCAUGGCAGCUUCACCUUAUGCUGAUUAUUAUGAACUGGGUUAUAAUCUGAGAUCCAACAUUUUCCAAGGAGGACCAUUAGAAACCAAAAGCUUGAUGAAGGAUUCUUAUACUCCAGAUGUAAUAAAGAGGGCUGUGCGGGACCCCAAACGUUGGCAUGGAAGGAAGACUGAUGAUCUAGGGAGAUGGUUCCAGAAAAAUGCCCUAAAUCUUAACCUGCAGAAAGCUUUGGAGCAAAAAUAUGGGGAGAAGAACAAAGGCGGCAAAUCCUAAAAAGGCAUAAGAGAG